ACUUAACAGAACUUUCCUCAAAUAAAGGAAGAACAUAAACGAUAACUAAUCAAAUCAAAAACCACAAAUUCAACCUUCAUUUCAGAAGCCUUUCUUUCUGAGACUCAAUGGCAACCAAGAUCGACGGAAUUGAAGACGAAGAAAUUUCAAAGCUCGAAGAAGGCACUGUCGUUUCCGCCAUUGCUCGCCUCUGUCCCUCCAAUUCAGUCGUCAUCAUCCAAAAGGUAAUCGCGGAAUUGAUCGGGACGUACUUCGUGAUCUUCAGCGGAUGUGGGGCGGUGGCGGUGAACAAAAUAUACGGAUCAGUGACAUUUCCGGGAAUCUGUGUGGUUUGGGGAUUGAUUGUAAUGGUAAUGGUGUAUUCGGUGGGACAUGUCUCUGGAGCGCAUUUCAACCCUGCUGUUACUUUCACCUUCGCCCUUUUUCGUCGUUUCCCCUUCUGGCAGGUGCCAAUAUACACAGGAGCUCAACUAAUGGGGUCCCUUCUCGCAAGCUGCACAUUGGAUCUAAUGUUUGAAGUGACCCCAGAAGCCUUCUUUGGAACAGUGCCCGUUGGAUCCAAUGUUCAAUCUUUGGUUCUUGAAAUUAUCAUCACAUUUCUCUUGAUGUUUGUCAUCUCUGGUGUCUCCACCGAUAAAAGAGCCGUAGGAGAAUUGGGUGGAAUUGUGGUUGGAAUGACCAUUCUCUUGAAUGUUUUCGUCGCCGGGCCGAUUUCUGGAGCUUCUAUGAAUCCGGCAAGGACUAUUGGACCAGCCAUAGUGAAACGGCAGUUUAAAGGACUAUGGGUUUACAUAGUAGGACCCUUUAUCGGAGCGGUCGCCGGUGGAUUUGUCUAUAACCUAAUGAGAUACACAGACAAGCCGCUGCGGGAGAUUACCAGAAGCACUUCAUUCCUCACCGGCACCCUGAAAUCAUAACCGCCGGCCUCACUCUUCACCACCACAAUAUGAACUAGUAGAACACUGUUCAGUCGUUCAUUUAUGUAUAUAAUUUGUUGUCUCCGUCAAUUGUCCUUCUUUUA